AUGGCUUUCCUGGAGGAUGGGAACCACACUUCAGUGACAGAGUUCAUUUUAUUGGGCUUGACAGAUGACCCAGUCCUUAGAGUUGUCCUCUUCACCAUCAUCCUGUGCAUCUACCUGGUGACUGUGUCUGGGAACCUCAGUACCAUCCUCCUCAUCAGAGUCUCUUCUCAGCUCCAUCACCCCAUGUACUUUUUUCUCAGUCACUUGGCUUCUGUUGACAUAGGCAUCUCAUCUUCUGUCACACCCAAUAUGCUUGUCAACUUCCUGAUAGAAAGAACUACCAUCUCCUACCUUGGAUGUGCCAUCCAGCUUUGCUCAGGUGCUUUCUUUGGAUCAACUGAGGCCUUUAUUCUGGCUACCAUGGCUUAUGAUCGUUUUGUGGCAAUCUGCCACCCACUGCUUUAUUCAACCAAAAUGUCCGCACAAGUCUGUGUCCAGUUACUUGUAGGAUCCUACAUUGGUGGUUUUCUUAAUGCUUCCUCCUUCACCAUUUCCUUCUUUUCUUUUCUUUUCUGUGGACCAAAUAGAGUCAAUCACUUUUUCUGUGAUUUUACUCCUUUAGUUGAACUCUCCUGUUCUGAUGAUAGUGUCCUCAUAGUUUUUGAUUCAUUUUCUGCAGGCUCCAUCAUUGUGAUCACAGUGUUUGUCAUA